CUUACAUAAACUAAUCUUAAAUAUAGUCUUUCGAGGUUGCAAAGUUCAAACAUGCAUCUUGGACAAGACGCGGUAACUUGUAAGCAACAAUUUGUGUUGGCACUCUUUGCAAUGACAGGACUUACCGCAUGGUUUUAAUCUUCAUGCAUAAAACUUGUAAACAUGAAAGUUGUCAUUUGAUUCAUUUUCUGGAUCACUUAAUGCAUCAGUCACGCACAACUGCCAAAAAAACAAAACACUAGAGCUAACAUGGUAGAAGCAUUUUUUUUUUUCAAUUUUUUUGCCAAUUUAGCAAUCGUUAUUUUUGUGUGUGCUAGAGAACCUAGAGCUAACAUAGUUACAAGACCCAAAAUACAUUGUUUGACGCAACAAGAUUAAAAUGUUAAGAAUGAUGCAACAAGGUUUGAUGCAUUGUAUAUCUCCAAGCAUUUAGUCAUUCAACAUCGUAUACUGAAGAGAUUUAUGCAUCAAGAUUAAAACAAUGCAGUAAGUUACUGCUGUUGAAAAGAAUGCCAAACACAAAUCAUUACUCACGGUCUACUUCAUCUUGUCUAAGAAGUGUACUUGACACAAACAGAACCCGCAAAAUGAAAGGAGGAAGGAGGUGUUGAUAUAAGGAAAAGGAAAAGAAGGAAAUGAAAAGGAGAAAGGAAAAGAAGGGGGAGGAAGAAGUAAACGGGAGAGAUUUUGAUAGGGACUAAACAUUUGUUUUUUUUUUUUUCCUCAGGGACUAAAACAUGUGUUUAAGUGUAGGAAAUAAAACAUAAAAAUUGUGUCGUUGCGUCGUGUUGACUUAGCAUCACUAUUUUGCCUCAUACACAACAUAUUAGAGGAUAUAUAACUCUACUAUAGGUACCAUUUUCUUUUUCUGACUGUUAUUUGUUUGACGACAAUGGUUUUGCAUACAUGAAUAUAUAAGCAUUUACUGAUCAUUUACUAUCACGAAAAGCAUACUAUAUAUACUAAUUACUAAUUAAUAGGUCUCGUGCUUGUAGAUGGAAGGCUUUGAAGGGCUCCGAUGAAGGUGUUCACGACGAGGUAAAUGCUAGAUAUGUUGUGGCCAUAAAAGGUCAUUCAUAUGCCCUAUCUAGGUGUUACACAUAGAAGAGUAAACCUCCCAUGACACUUAGUUCUCCUACUUAGCUAGGUCACUCAAACAAAACAAAAAAACAAAGAGUGGGAAAAAAAUGAAUGUGCCAUUACCCUCAAACCUAGCGGUUGUUGAUGGAAGCCCUGAAUGGUUUAGUAGAGCAGACAAUGCAUGGAAGCUAAUAGCUGCAACCCUAGUUGGUAACCCUAGUUGGUCUGCAAAGUGUUCUAGGGCUCAUAAUCUUGUAAGGUGGAGCAGUGAAGAAGAAAUGGGUAGUGAACUCAGCAUUCAUGUCACUCUAUGCUUUUACAUGUGUGUUCUUCUGUUGGGUUGUGUGGGGAUACAGAAUGUCUUUUGGUGAUGAGCUUCUUCCUUUCUGGGGAAAGCCUGCUAUGUCACUUGAGCAUGCAUAUCUUUUCAAGAAGGCAUUUUUGGGGGCCUUCCCAAAUGCCACAAUGUGUGUGUUUGCUGCCAUCACUUUGAUUCUCAUUGCUGGGGCCGUGUUGGGGCACAUGAACUUCUAUGCUUGGAUGCUUCCCUGGCCGUUCUCAACACCCACGCUUGCUCACUUGGUCAUCCUUGAUGUCCUCUUUUUCCGAAAGCCUUCUGUAAUUGGAGCUGUUCAAGGCAUGAUCACUGGUUUGGUUUGCAUAACCCCUGCUGCAGGUGUUGUUCAGGGAUGGGCAUCACUUAUAAUGGGACUUCUCUCAGGCUCAAUUCCUUGGUUCACCAUGAUGGUCAUCCAUAAGAGAUCAAAGCUACUGCAGAAGGUUGAUGAUACUAUGGCAGUGUUCCAUACUCAUGCCAUUGCAGAAACCCUAGGAGGACUCCUCACUGGGCUCUUUGCUGAUCCAAGACUCAACCGGUUGUUCUAUGGACAUGAUGCUCAAUACGUUGUUUUCUUUUAUGGUUUCGGUUCCAACAAGCUCAGCACCGGCUUCAGGCAAAUGGGAGUCCAAAUCCUUGGGAUUAUCUUUGUUAUCUUUGUCAACUUCAUUCGGAUCUUUUUUCCAUUGAGAAUUUCUGAAGAGGAUAUGGAGAUAGGUGAUGAGGCUGCUCAUGGUGAAGAAGCUUAUGCAAUCUGGGGUCAGGGUGAUAAGCUUGAAAACUCAAGUUCAAAGUAUGGAAGUUCAUUAUAUAAUGAUGUUGAAGCUGGUGCCCCCAAGAAGAAGCGUGCUGGCACUGUUCAGAUGAUGUCCAACUAAAUACUAUAUAGUAUGAUAUGUCCUUGUCUUGCUCAUGCUCUUGUUUUCAGAGACACGUAUUAUUAAAGUAAAAUAAAAGAUCGUGUCUCAUUGUUGUUUGAGUCCUAGGAUACAACAACUUUGUUUAUUUUACUUUCCC